AUGGAAGAUGAGAAACUGCAUCAGCUAUCACCGCACAAAGCUAAAAAUCAAGAGAUGAAAGGAGACUUCUGGAAUCGAAGUGGACACAAGAGGCAGAAAGGAAGUCACCUGGCUGAGAAGAGGGAUCAACCCAAUCCUUGCCAAGGAACGGAUUUCCAAGAAAAAAUUCAUAUGACAGAAAACAUUACUUUGCAUCAAAGAAUUCACUCAGGGAGUGAUCAGGAGAAUGAGGAUGAUGAGGAACUGUCUGGGUUACCAUUGGGCACAGCUAAGAAUCAAGAGGUAAAAGGAAAUUUCAGGAAUCUCAAUGGAGCAAAGGGCCAUGAAGGAAGCCACCUAAUUGAGAAGAGGGAUCAACCCACUCCUUGCCAAGGAGGGGAUUUCUGUGAACUAACUCAAAUGGCGGAGGAGAGUGGAAUGGACUUCUUCGAUCAAGUCCAGUAUAAUGUGCAUUUGCCAAAGCACAGUGGAAAGAACACUUUGAAAUGUUUUGAAUGUGGAAGGAGCUUCAGCUGUAGAUCAGAGCUACUUAAACACCAAAGAAUUCACACGACAAGGAAACUGUAUAGCUGCUCAUCCUGUGGCAAGAGCUUCUCACGUAAAUACUUCAAAAACAACUCGGAGCUCCUUGUGCACCAAAGAACCCACACAGGGGAGAAACCUUUUGAAUGCUCAGAGUGUGGAAAGAAAUUCCGUAGGAGUCAUGAUCUUCAGAGGCAUCAAAGAACCCACACAGGGGAGAAACCUUUUGAAUGCUCAGAGUGUGGAAAGAAAUUCCGUCGGAAUUACCAUCUUCAACAGCAUCAAAGAACCCACACAGGGGAGAAACCUUUUGAAUGCUCAGAGUGUGGGAAGAGAUUCAGACAGACACGCGAUCUUCAGAGGCAUCAAAGAACCCAUACAGGGGAGAAACCUUUUGAAUGCUCAGAGUGUGGGAAGAGAUUCAGUCAGACAUGCGAUCUUCAACGGCAUCAAAGAACCCACACAGGGGAGAAACCUUUUGAAUGCUCAGAGUGUGGAAAGAAAUUCCGUCGAAAUUACAAUCUUCAACAGCAUCAAAGAACCCACACAGGGGAGAAACCUUUUGAAUGUUCAGAGUGUGGGAAGAGAUUCAGACAGACACGCGAUCUUCAGAGGCAUCAAAGAACCCACACAGGGGAGAAAUCUUUUGAAUGCUCAGAGUGUGGGAAGAGAUUCAGUCAGACACGCGAUCUUCAACGGCAUCAAAGAACCCACACAGGGGAGAAACCUUUUGAAUGCUCAGAGUGUGGGAAGAGAUUCAGUCAGACACGCGAUCUUCAACGGCAUCAAAGAACCCACACAGGGGAGAAACCUUUUGAAUGCUCAGAGUGUGGGAAGAGAUUCAGUCAGACACGUGAUCUUCAACGGCAUCAAAGAACCCACACAGGGGAGAAACCUUUUGAAUGCUCAGAGUGUGGAAAGAAAUUCUCUCAGAGUUGUAAUCUUCAGAGGCAUCUGUGGGUCAUCCACAGGGAGGAGCAGAACGCACAAUCGGUUCCGGCUGACGUGGCGUGCCAUAACAUCCAACCAGGGGACCUGGUGUGGAUACUAACUUAUCGCAGGAAAAACAAGUUCCAGCCUAAGUGGGAAGGGCCGUACGAAACGCUCCUGGUUACAACGACUACUAUCAAAGUCCAGGGAAAGGACCAGUGGAUACACGCUUCGCACACAAAGCUUGUCAACCCUGAGACGCAUCCUGAAGCAGACCGAGCCAGCCACGAGCCAGGCCAACCAGGUGAUGACAACCGUAUCCCGACUCUCACGCCCCUCUUCACGAUAACAGAGGAGGUGCUGCCUGCGACCAACAGCCAAGUGCCCCAGAGAGAAUCAUAUCUUUUGCGGUCACGCCACCAGCAGCCCAAGACACUUCAUGACCCUUGA